AUGGACGAAUCCGAGGAAGUCAGCUUGAAUGCAAUCUUCAAGAAAAAGAAAUCACUACGAACAAAGGAGAAGUCUAAUCUGCGCAAGUCAACUUCAAAUACCGUCGAUUCAACUUUACCAGCUUCUCCAACACUUCUGAAUGACAUCGUGGAUGAUGAACGACUACUUGAGACAGAGGGAAAUAUCGUCAUUUCACGCGCUUCCAAGAAAAAAUCACUGAAGGAGACGAAUUCAUCGUCGUCAUUAAAAUUCAGGAUUAGUCUCGGCACUUCACAGGCUGAAAGCGAUCAAAUCGAUACAGCUGAAUCUCGAACGGAAUCUCCACGACGGAAAUUGCUCAGACCGACUUCACAUGCAAUCCUUGCAAGUCUCGAAGAUGAUCAAAUGAAAGAUUUAUCAUCAUUGAAUACUCUGGGUCAAGCUUCACGCCCUACCUAUUCCACUUCCCACCUCAAUGAGCUCAAAUCUCUUACACUAUCGUCAUCACCCCAACAACUACAGCACAAGCAGGAUUAUGACGAACUCACCGAGUCUAAAUUCUCUACAUUUAUCAAUUAUGGAAUGGAGGUUGAGAGUAAUUCUGAAUCUUCCCCAUCAUCAUCUUUCGUCAUUCCAACCUCUACAAUGAUCAAUUCUGCAAAGGAGCGACGCUUGAAUGCUAGAAAGGCUGGAUUCACUUUUCCCUCGACUAGUAGAGCAUCAGACAAACUCGGUGAUGCUGAAGAAUUCAUCUCAUUAUCAGGAAAUUCUGAUUCAAUCUCUUCAGGCACGCGCAAAAAAGGCGAUUCUCGCCUAGUCAGGGAGGAAGACGAGCUAGGUGAAGGGGAGGAAGAACAUGCAGAAUACACUGGAGCGACGGAGAGGGUUCCUUUGGGUGAAAAGGCCGGCUUAUUGGCCGAAGCAAAGAGGAAGGCAGGCAUGGAGGCAAUGGUAUCGGAUACAUUAGGUGAUAUGGAUCAGGAUGAUGAAGAAAUGGAAUGGGAAGCUGCGCAGAUACGGAGGGGUGGUAUAGGUGCUUCUGCGAUGAAACACACCACUGAAGCUCCAAACCAGGUCUAUCGGCCUGCUAGUAUACCCGAGCACGCAGUAGUCGCCACCUUCAACUCGGUCGAGAGUCAGUUGCUUGAAUCACUGGAUCGUAUUCAAAUCUCACUCGAUCAACAAUCAGAAGCUGCGGUAUAUUUUGCUACCGAGGAUCAAAAUCUUCAACGGCAAGAGUCAGACCUCCGUCAAGAGGUCGAAAAAGAAGCCGCUCGCCAACAAUUCUUUCAAGAGUUGAACACUUUUGUGGAAGAUCUAAAUUCUUUCUUUACGAGUAAAUGGGCUGCGUUGGAGACAGCUGAAAAAAAUCUACUCAGCGUCUUGACAGAAAGGACCGAAAUGGUCUACAAAAGACGAUACGAAGAUUUGUCCGAUGAUCUCGUCCUCUUCAAGUCGGGCGAGGUGAGCACUUGUCGGCCAGUUGCUGGUCGCACGGCUGCAGACGAGUCAGUAGAGAAUGCGGAUGACGCCGAUUCGCCCGAGGAAGCUGUUGAUGAGCUCGGAAGGCAUCGUCGUGAACUUGAUACAUCCUCACAGGCUCCGUCAAGACGAGCCAGAAGAGAAGACCGUACUCGGAGACGCAAGCGACGUAUAGAACGGGUCAUUGACAACUUGAAAGAAUUCGAGGAGGAAGGAUACUCCACAGACGAUUCUUUGUCACCCGCGGACUCUUCUGAUCUUCUAGCUGCAUCAAAAUCUUUGCUCGCGUCAUCCAAGGCGAUUUUGGCAGAUACGAUUAACCCGGAAUUUCUAUCACCAACCAAUAAAGACUCUAUCUCUGAUCGGUUCUUGAAUUGGAAGGCUAAAUAUCCUGAAGAGUACGGCAAUGCCUUUGGGAAUUUAGCGCUCGUUCAGGUCUGGGAAUUCUGGGCUCGAAUGGAGUUGGUUUCAGGUUUGAACGUAUGGGGGUUUCAAGAUUGGGUUGCACAGGAAGACAAACGUGGGAUUGAAAACUGGGAUUGGAUGCGUGGUUUGGAAUGUUACGAUCAUAAGGUAUCUGAAGCCACCGAAGGUGACGGAGCAGAAGGGCAAGAUUCGGUGAUUGCGGCGAUGAUCACGACGGUGAUUAUUCCGAUCUUAAUUCCAAUCAUCAGUCAAACUUACGAUCCUUUUAGCUACAAAGCGACGACCAAGAGUCUCGAACUUGUUGAACAAGUUGGUUACGUCCUUGAUGUUGACAACAAUCCUAUAUACGAUCAAUUCGUGAUGAGCUUUCUUAAACGUUUCUAUGCCAGUCUUUAUGAACUUCAAUAUUUAGCUGGAUCGAUGGAUGAUCUGACAAAUUCACUCCAAAGUCAGAUUGGAAUGGAAGGUAUCGAUGCACGAAACCGGUUCUUGAACAAGUGUUACAAACUACUGAAACAAGGUCUAAGAUGGAAGAAGCAUAGCAACGGACUCGUUUUCGAUCAAUCUGAGAUUCAACAGCUGCCCGGUGUGUAUGAUAAGCAUUUGGAGUACAUUUUAUCCCACGUCUUAGUCGGACAGAUCAUGUUGCCAAUCUUAAACACUGGUUGGGAAACGGGUGGGAAAAGCAUAGCAGAGAAGAUCGACAAGUCUUGUCCAUUUGGCCUACUUCCCGCACGAAUCUCUGAGGCGUUGCAUAUGGGACCACACACUGUUUGGUACAAUGUCAUUCAUGUUUUGUUGAUACUUCCUAUUAAUAAGAGGUUGUUACUCUUUGGAUCCAAAAUGGAAUUUCCACAAAACAAUGACAACAGAACAACAUGGGUCAUGAACCCGAAAUUUAUACACAAGAAAAAACAAAGACAGCAAAUUGCUGCAUUGCAUCAGCAGCCAACAGAAAAGGCAUGA